AUGGCGAGCCAACGCUCAGCAUGGGGAUCUAUCUCCCCUCUGUUAAUAUUCUCUUGUUCCUGCCUUCUCGUUGGUGAUAUGCUCUUCGGCUUUGAUACCGGUAGUUUUGGUGGUAUUCUGGCAAACCCAGGCUUCAUCAACCAAUUCGGGAGUUACCAUGCCGAGACAGACAAGUAUGCCUUCACGUCUUCUGAUACUUCGAUCAUCUCAUCCAUUCCUUUUAUUGGCAAGUUCCUCGGAUGCUUGUUCGCAGGUCCCGCGAUUGAAAAAUUUGGCCAUCGCAUUGUUUUCAUUCUUCUGUCAAUCAUCUCAUUCAUAGGCGUUAUUCUGGAAAUUACAGCUGCAGACACUGGCUAUGGGACUGGGCGUUUCGCGCAAUUCCUGGUUGGACGUGUCGUUGUCUACAUCUCUGUUGGACUGGUUGAAGUUGCUGUCACGACAUACCAAGCGGAAGUAGUUCCGGCUGCUUUCCGAGGCCUCGUCGUCAUCUCUCUUCAGCUCUUCCUCGCCGCGGGAUCCCUCAUGGCAAGUGGUCUCAACAAAGCAUAUUCGACCUCUACAGAUGGUGUUGGUUGGAAAACAGUUACAGGAAUUCAGCUUAUAUUCCCUGCUUUGCUUACAGCCUUUGUGUUCUUCAUUCCUCACUCUCCUCGCUGGCUUCUAUCAAAAGAUCGCGAAGAGGAAGCAGUUGCUUGUUUACAGCGCCUACGAAGCAAAGCAGAUCUAGAUGAAGGUCGCUGCGAUGAAGAGAUCAGACUAAUCAAGGAAACGUUGAGGGACCAGGUUCAUAAAGGACCAUGGCUUGACCUCUUCUCUGGGUCGAACUUGCGCCGUACAGCGCUUGUGUUUGCAUUUUACUUCUUUCAGCAGGCAACGGGUCAAGCGUUUUCAUCGACUUACCAGACAGUGUUCUAUAAACAAGAAGGAUACAGCAGUUACCAGGCCUUCACCUAUCCCAUUGUUACUAGUGUUCUCGGCAUGAUCGCUGUUUGUCCAGCCAUGUAUAUGGUGGAUAGUCUGGGUCGUCGAAAGACUCUCAUGAUCAGCUAUCCCCUGCAAGCCCUCUGGUUAUUUCUGUUAGCAGGCCUCGGUGCAAAGCCUAACAAGACAGAAGCUGAAAAGAGCACCGUCGCAGCUUCUUUCAUGUUGUUCUCGUUCUCUUAUAAUAUGGGUAGUGCUUCUAUCCCAUAUCUUCUUGGUAGCGAAAUUCCGAAUUCUGCUGUUCGAGAAAAGACACAGUCGCUUGGAGCAGCAUGGAACGUCCUCUGGGCAUUCGUCACCAACUACUCCAUCCCUUACCUCAUCGCAAAUCUCCAUUUCGGAGUUGGCUGGGUCUUUGGCGGCAUCUCCGCGCUGGCACUGAUCUUCACAUUCGUCUUUCUUCCCGAAACAAAGGGUCGUGCACUUGAAGAGAUUGAUGCUUUAUUCGCGACAGCUUUUAACCCUUUCCGCCCUCAGAAUAUCGAGCCAAGUGAUGCAGAGCGCCGCAUUAGUGAAUUGGAAGGAGGAAAGGACUUUGAGGACUCAAUCUUGGCUCAUGAUAAGGAUGGACACGAUGAUAAGCAUGUGUCAACCCAUGUGAAGCAUUGA